AUGCUACGUGCUACUGGCGCUGCCCUAGCUGAAGAGAAAGUCGGAGGUGAUACGGCCCUAACUACUGGUAAUGAAGACAAAGCUCAAAAGGUUAUUACUGCAUCUGCCGGAGAAGCAGGUAUUAUUGGAACUGAGGAUGCAGCAACUAUAGCCCGAGCUACUGAUGAGACUCUAGUCACUGCGGAGAAGGCUGUAGAUAGCAAACCAGUCGGUGCAGCUCUUGGUGAAACAGAAGGUUCAGGAGAAGACGGAACAUUGACAGGAGCUGUUGCUAUGGAGAAAACAGAGGAUGCUGUUAAAACCGUUCGAACUAGUGGUCUUGAAGCACCUACAGCAGCAGGAGGUGAUGUAGGUCUACUUACAAAAGAAACACAAGUAGGCAGUGGUCUUGCUGGUCCCGAAGGACCCGUUGGAGCUGUUCUAGCCGGAGGAGCACCACCUGCGGCACCAGACGUCGCCUCACCUGCCUACCCAACACUCCCCGUUGCCUCUGCAGCUAGACUUCGACGAUACUUCAGCAGACGUUUCUAUGUUUAA